UGACAGGGGGGCGGAGUCUGUUGUUUGCCAAGGUGGCAUAAUGUUGAUCAACAGAGUUCUAGUUUCAUCGUACUACAGCCCGACAAAGGCUCCUGUGAUAUGGAGACAUACCGGUAUAUUGUUUCAUCGGCAGAGUUCAAUAAGAUGGAGCCAUGCUGUAACCAGUGCAUAUAAAGCAGUUAUUUUUGAUAUGGGCGGAGUCCUUCUCCCUUCACCUUUUAAAAUGUCAGAAGAAUGGGAAAUCAGGAACAAUGUUCCCAUUGGAACAAUAAAACAAGCCAUUACGUCAGGUGGAGACACUGGUCCUUGGAUGAAAUAUAUGAGGGGAGAGUUAACUGCUCAGAGUUUUGUGGAAGAAUUUGGAAAGCAAUGCUCAAAUAUUACAGGAUCCUCCGUUCCAGUUCACAGCUUCCUUUCAGACCUUACAAGCAACCACAUGGUAAAGCAGCUGCCGUGUAUGACUGAGGCUAUCAAGUGCAUUAGAUCCGAAGGUCUUAAGACUGCUGUUUUAAGCAAUAACUUCUUUCUACACAAUGGUGAAAGUUUCCUGCCUAUAGACCGCUCACAGUUUGACGUGGUUGUUGAAUCUUGUAUUGAACAAGUUUGUAAGCCAGACCCUCGAAUUUAUAAGUUGUGUGUGGAGCGAUUGGGUAUCCAGCCACAAGAAUCCAUUUUUCUAGAUGACAUUGGACAGAAUCUAAAAGCUGCUACAAAGCUUGGAAUUAGCACAAUAAAGGUUAGUGACGCAAAAGAAGCAAUAGAUCAACUAGAAAAACAGUUGGGAUUUACAUUAAAAAACGUUGUCCCCUAUACUCAACCUGUGAGACGAACAAUGGAAAUUCCAAGAGAUUCUUUGCAGAAGUAUUUGGAGGAUCUUUUUGGGAAAACCUCAGACGCCCUAAUUCUUCGUCAGUUCAGUCAUGGACAAUCCAAUCCUACUUACUACGUGCAAUUUAAUGAAAAGCAGUUAGUGCUGCGCAAGAAACCACCGGGAAAACUGCUUCCAGCAGCUCACGCUGUGGAGAGAGAAUACAGGAUUAUGAAAGCACUUGGCGAAGCUGGAAUUCCUGUACCUAAGGUGAUCAGUCUUUGUGAAGACUCCAGCAUAAUCGGCACUCCAUUUUACCUCAUGGAAUAUUCCCCUGGGCGUAUCUUUAAAGACCCAGCCCUACCAGGAAUGGAAGCAAGAGAAAGAAGAGCCAUUUAUACAGCAAUGAACCAAGUGCUGUGUAAGAUUCACAGUGUGGACAUCAAGGCAGCUGGACUAGAGGAUUAUGGGAAACAUGAUGCUUACAUUAAGCGGCAAGUGCAAAUAUGGACCAAGCAGUAUAGAUCUAGUGAGACUCAAAGUAUUCCUGACAUGGAAAGGCUUAUUGAAUGGCUUCCCCAACAUCUUCCGAAGGACCAGAAGACAUCUGUUGUACAUGGAGAUUUUAGAUUGGAUAACUUGAUAUUUUAUCCUGACAAACUGGAAGUGAUUGGUGUUUUGGACUGGGAAUUGUCUACACUGGGAGAUCCAAUAUCAGAUGUGGCUUACAACUGCAUAACUCACUACCUGCCACCAGACCUACCUAUCCAAAAAGGACUAAAUCACUGUGACUUGUCAGAGCUGGGAAUUCCCACGGCAGAGGAAUAUUUUGAACAGUACUGUAAUAACAUGGGAAUACCUAAGAUCUCAAACUGGAAUUUCUACAUGGCCUUCUCCUUUUUCAGAAUCGCUGCAAUCUUGCAAGGCGUAUACAAACGAUCACUCACAGGGCAGGCUAGUUCUGCAAAUGCAGAUGCUGGAGGAAAACUGGCAACAUUCAUGGCCAACACUGCAUGGGAUUUUGCUACAAAGGAAGGAUUUAGGGUUUUUAAGUCUAUUCCUAGAGCAAAUUCUGAAACCUCGGGGAAACGACCUUACAGCACUUGGAGUAAAAGCCAUAAAUUUAGACAGACACAAAACAAUACAUUUGUCACUUCAUCUGAUGCUUCGUUACAUGCUGCUUCAAGAGGUAUUUUAAUAAUCUCUCCUGAUGGACUUUCUGGGGAAGCUCAAAACCUCUACUAUAAAUUGAAGGAGUUUAUAGAAGUUUUUAUUUACCCUGCUGAGCAAGAAUUUAGAAAUUAUCAGUUCUCAGAGAAGAGAUGGACACCCCACCCUCUAACAGAGGAACUUAAGGAAAAAGCAAAGUCACAAGGAUUGUGGAACCUAUUCCUUCCUCUAGAAAGUGAUCCAGAAAAAAAAUAUGGUGCUAAGCUAACAAACAUGGAAUAUGCUCAUCUCUGUGAACUGAUGGGGACCUCCUUAUAUGCAUCAGAAAUCUUUAACUGUUCAGCUCCUGAUACAGGAAACAUGGAGGUGCUGAUCAAAUAUGGAACAGAGGAGCAGAAGGAAAGGUGGCUGGAACCUCUGCUGGAGGGGCAGAUCAGGUCUUGUUUUGCUAUGACUGAACCAAAGGUUGCUUCAUCAGAUGCUACAAACAUUGAAUCUUCAAUCAAAGAAGAUAAAGACCAUUACAUAGUAAAUGGCCAUAAAUGGUGGACAUCAGGUGCUCUAGAUCCACGCUGUAAAAUCUGCAUCUUUAUGGGAAAGACCAAUCCAGAUGCCCCUCGCCAUAAGCAGCAGACCAUGAUUCUGGUUCCGAUGGACACUCCUGGGAUAACUAUUGUAAGGCCGCUCACUGUUUAUGGACUUGAUGAUGCUCCUGCUGGACAUGGAGAAUUGCGUUUUGACAAUGUGCGUGUUUCUAAGGAAAACUUAUUGUUGGGCAGUGGCCAAGGAUUUGAAAUUGCACAGGGCAGACUUGGUCCUGGGAGGAUCCAUCACUGCAUGAGGCUCGUUGGACAUGCGGAGAGAUCUCUAAGCCUCAUGAAGCAGAGGGUAAAAUCAAGAAUAGCCUUUGGCAAGCCACUGGCAGAACAAGGAACUAUUUUAGCAGACAUUGCCAAAUCCAGAGCAGAAAUUGAACAAGCCAGGUUGUUGGUUUUAAAAGCCGCCCAUCUUAUGGAUACAGUGGGAAAUAAGGAAGCUGCUUUGGAAAUUGCCAUGAUUAAAAUGGUUGCCCCAACCAUGGCCCAGCAAGUAGUGGAUCGAGCUAUUCAGUCAUUUGGAGCUGCAGGUCUCAGCAAUGACUUCCCACUGGCUCAGUUUCAUGCCUGGGCACGGGCCCUUCGCCUUGCAGAUGGACCAGAUGAAGUACACAGAGCAGCCGUAGCCAAAAUUGAACUGAAACACUAGGGUUUUUAUCUUUCUUUAGGAAACUGAUGUUUAUGCAACAUAUCUUAAAUAAUCUUCUUAAAUAUGAGAAGGAAAAAAACUGAUGAAUGAAAAUUACAUUCUGAAAAUCAAUCAUGGCACACACAAAUAUCAAUUUCUUGAAUAUUAAUUGCUUACAAAAAUUAUAUAUGGGUGUUGACACUUGCUUGGUCACCUGAAGCAUGAAUAUGCAUUAUAAUACAUAUUAUGUAAACUGCGUAAAGCUUAGGUUUUCAUGGAUUUUCCCAUUCGCUUAUCGGGACUUUCCUGCACCGGUGAAUCAGACUGUGGAUCAUGGUUAAAGUUCUAAUGUUGGUGAGUCCAGAGACCUAAUAAUGAAAACCUAUGAAACAGAAGAAUUUUGUCAGGAAGUUGUUCUGAAUGUGCAUGUGACUUUUGUGUAUGACAAAAAAUAAAACUAAAUGCAAUUUGGGCAUCUAUAAAUAAAUAAUUUUUUAUUAAAAAAGAAA